GAGAACUUGCUAGCCAAUGAAAGCUUCGGCAUGCCCUGAUUCAUUUGCAUCGCUGCGCCCCUUCUUCGCUUCUUGUCAGUUAGCAACAAAAUGGCCGCGACUGCCUCUCUUCUGUCUCCUAUCGGCGGAACGGCUGCAGCCUUGUGAAGAGAAGCCGUGAACGACUGAUAUCCAGAGCGGAGAGGAAGGCUUCCUCCUCCCCCCUCCUCAGCGCCGCCGCACCCCUGAACGAGGCGAGAGCGCCCUGCCACAGCGAGCCUGGCCGUGUGUCGGGGGAGAAGCACCUACAUCUCCUGUCAGUGGCCGAGCGAGCUCUGUGGGUGCGGGGAGCCCUGCGUGGUCCUGGCGCUGAACCUCCGUCACCCGGCCUCCCUGGAUCCCCCCCGGGACCCUCGGAGCCCCCUCCUCCGCUUGUGGACAGACCGGCGGCCGAGUCAUAGGAGGGAUCCGGCGCCUUCGCUCCAUACACCGAGAGACUGGGGGAGAAGAGACCAGGGACAUCGAGCCAGAGUCUCAAAAAGAGGAACAUUUGAUGGAAGAAAAGAAAAAGAAAAAGCAAGAAGAAAAGAAGAAGAAGGAAAGUACUCAGAAAAAGGCUGCUGAACAAAAAAACAAAGUGCCAGAUCCAGUCAAGAUCAGUUCCAACCAGCCCCAAACUGCCACACCCAGUACUUCCAGCACUGUCCCAAAUAGCAAUGGAAAGCGUGCAUCUGCCAAUGGCCAGCAAGCAGCGGCCUCCCGUUAUCUGCCACGUGAGGUGCCUCCACGUUUCCGCCAGCAAGAACAGAAGCAACUUCUGAAGAGAGGACAGCCACUGCCUUCUGGGACAUUGACCAGUGCUAAUACCGGACAGGAUACUGGGGCAAGCCCACCUCCACAGCAAGGGGCUGGUGGAGCUCACCACCCAACAAAGACACACUCUGAUCUCGGUUUUAGUGGUCUCGGAGACCAUUAUGAAAAUUCCUAUUGGGGACCGCAGCCUACUAUCCGAGGUGAAACCAGUUAUAGCUGGGAUAAAGUGAUAAUAAACAGGACUGACAAGGAAGCGUGGCCUUCCAUUACAGGAACUGAGACUGAAUCUGCCUCAGAAUGUACUACAGACACUGAUUCCGCCUCCAACUGUGGCUCAGAGAAAAGUAGCAUGGCUACAACGAGUGCCCAAGGCACCUUCACUGGACAUACAAAGAAAUUGAAUGGCAAUAAUGGCACCAAUGGAGCACUCGUCCAAAGCACUUCUAACCAGAGUGUCCUUGGAGCUGGUGGAGCAAAUGGAAAUGGAAACUUAUCCAGAGUUUGGGGUGCACCUUCAGGCUCCAGCUCUGGCACUGCUCACUGCUCCUCCAGUAGUGGUGAUGGAAAGGUGGACAGUAUGAUUGGAGAGAGUAGGAGUCAGAACUGCUGGGGUGCUUCCAACUCAAAUGCUGGCAUUAAUCUUAACCCUAAUGCCAACCCAGCUGCCUGGCCUGUCCUUGGACAUGAAGGAACUUUGAAUGGAGGUAAUCCUUCCAACAUCUGUGGUCCAGUCAGUGCCAUAGGCCAGAAUAUAGGCAACCAGAAUGGAAAUGCUGCAGGUACCUUAGGUGCUUGGAGAAAUUUGCAGUCACAAGAGAGCACAGAACCACAAACGUCCACUUCUCAGAAUGUGUCUUUCAGCAUACAACCUCAGAACCUUAACACUGAUGGACCAAAUAACACUAACCCCAUGAAUUCUUCACCAAACCCCAUUAAUGCAAUGCAGACAAAUGGACUGCCCAACUGGGGAAUGGCUGUUGGAAUGGGGAGCAUCAUCCCACCCCACCUGCAAAGCCUUCCUGGUGCUAAUGGUUCAGUUUCUCAAGUCAGUGGGGUUGGUGACAGCACGGGCAGUUCAUUGUGGGGUUUAUCGCCUGGUGGUCCUGCUCCUGGAAACAGCAGUUCUGGGUUCAGCCAGGAAACUGGAGAUACUUGUAGUACAGCUGUAAGUGCUAAACAAAAUGGAGGGCAAAAAGAUGGAACUGUGAUGAAUGCAUGGGAAUCAGGACCACCUACCAGUCCAGGAGUCUUAGCUUGGGGUAGGGGUAGAAGCAAUGGUGGAAAUAUGCAUUCUGGACCUUGGGGUCAGCCAAGUCGUGGCACAAGCAACGGCAUGAAUGGUGAAUGGGGAAAGUCUCAAAACCAGCAUUCCAGUAAUGACAUCAGUGGAAAAGGGUCAACAGGGUGGGACAGUUCUAGUAUUACCAUUCAGAAUUCUCCACAGCAGGGAAGUGAUCAAAUUAAUUCUAGGGCCAAAUCUGCAUCAUCUAUUGACAGAAGUAAUGACAAUGCUGGAAAUCCAAAUGAAGGACGAGGGAGUGAAAAUCAGCAUGGGGAGAAGGGAAUGGCAGAUCAGGGGCAGAUGCAAUUGCCAAGACAAGACCUUGAUCCAAGGGUCAUCUCCAACACAGGUUGGGGACAGGUUCCAGUUAAACAAAACAUAGCAUGGGAAUUUGAUGAAUUUAAGAGGCCUGAAAAAAAAAAUAUUGGGACAGAAGCUUGGGGAGGUACAAACUCUCAGCCUUCAAACUCAGGGGGGAAGAGUGAAGGGUCCAUCAUGAACAGUACAAAUACCUCUUCAGUAUCGGGAUGGGCCAACUCCCAACCUAUAUCUGCUUCUGUUAAUGCAGGCUGGGUGGAAAAUAAAGCGCCAAAUGGUCCAGGAGGAUGGGGAGAUCCUGCAAGCUCUACUGUUGUCAAUGCUGCUGCCAAAAGUGGUCACGCUUGGAGCGGGUCUGCUAAUCAGGAGGAGAAAUCUCCUACAUGGAGCGAGUCUCAUAAACCCAAACCCCAAGGCUGGGUAGAUGGUCAGAAAUCGAAUACAAGCUGGACAUCGGGUGGUGGAGACUGGACUGAUAUGCCACCUGUUCCAGCACAUAUUACUGAUGGAAAGAAAAAUGGAGCAGGGUGGGACACUGAUGGAAAGUCUGCAACAGGGUGGAAUGAUAAUUCACGGCCUGGGACCAGUGGGUGGGGCAAUGGCACAAGCACCAAGGCUAAUUCGGGUACAGGUUGGGGGGAACCUUUGAAAUCUCCUCAGCAAAACUGGGCCAACAAACCCCAAGAUGUGAGUGGUUGGGGAGGAGCCACAUCUGUAAAGCAGACUGGAUCGGGGUGGAGUGGAGCACCAAUGCCAUCGCCUCCGCCAGCUAAACAGAAGGACAUAAACUCUGAGCCCAGUGGUUGGGAAGAACCUUCACCACCGUCCGUUCGCCGAAAAAUGGAAAUCGAUGAUGGUACCUCAGCUUGGGGAGACCCGAACAUACACCAGAGCAAAACUGUAAACAUGUGGGAUAGGAACAGCACUAUAGUUCAGACUAUUCCCUCAGCUAACAGCAACGCCACCCCAAUCACUCCCUCAAAUACCAGUUUGGUUGAACCUCAGCCACCUCAUCAGUCAAGUGCCCAGCAGAAUCGAUCCCCACUACUUGGUCCAGGCUGGGGAGAUAUGCCUCCUGUCCACUCAAAGGCUGAAAUCCCUUGGGGGGAGCCCCCAUCUCCGUCUGCUUCAGUUGACAAUGGAACUUCUGCGUGGGGCAAGCCCUCCAAAAGUGGUUCGGGAUGGGUGGAUGGCGCUCCAGAAUCAUCUGGAAAUUAUGGCAGGACAAAUGCUCCAGCUGCUGCCCCUGUGCUGUGCAAACCAGCUCAAAAAUCUAUGCAAGAAGGCUGGAGUAGCGGAGGAGAAGAAGUUGGCCACAGCCAGUGGGAGGAUGAAGAAAAUGAUAUGUGGAAUAAUGCUGCUUCCCAAGAUAGUAAUUCUUCUUGCAAUUCUUGGGGCAAUGGCCCCAAGAAAGGACUUUCCAAGGGCAUGAAGACUCCAAGCAAGUCUGAUGAGGCCUGGAUCAUGACUCGACUGACUAAACAGCUCACUGACAUGGGCUUCCCGAAAGAGCCUGCUGAAGAGGCCUUGAAAAGUAACAAUAUGAAUCUGGACCAGGCCAUGAGUGCUCUACUGGAAAAGAAGGUGGAAAUGGACAAGCGUGGAUUGGUAAUGGCUGACUACAAUGCCGUUGUCGCCAAGCCCUUGAGCUGUCGCCCACCACCAAUCUCCAAAGAGUCUUCCAUGGACCGCCCCACUUACUUAGACAAGGAUGGCGGCCUAGUGGAAGAGCCCACUACUUCACCAUUUUUGCCUUCACCAAGCCUGAAGCUCCCCCAUCCAAACAGUGCACUCCCUAAUCAAGCCCUUGGUGGCAUGACGCCAGGCCUAAACAUGCAGAACUUGAAUUCCUCUAGACAGAUACAGAGUGGCAAUCUGGGUAUGUUUGGCAAUAGUGGAGCAGCACAAGCCAGGUCCAUGCAACAGCCACAGCAGCCACCAGUGCAACCUCUCAACUCAUCCCAGCCUAGUCUUCGUGCUCAAGUGCCUCAGUUUUUAUCCCCUCAGGUUCAAGCACAGCUUUUGCAGUUUGCAGCAAAAAACAUUGGUCUCAACCCUGCACUAUUAACCUCGCCAAUUAAUCCUCAGCAUAUGACCAUGUUGAACCAGCUCUAUCAGCUGCAGUUGGCGUAUCAGCGUUUACAACUCCAGCAGCAGAUGUUACAGGCUCAGCGUAAUGUUUCCGGACCCAUGAGGCAACAGGAGCAGCAAGUUGCACGUACAAUCAAUAACAUGCAGCAGCAGAUACAGCAACAUCAGCGCCAGCUGGCCCAGGCUCUACUUUUGAAGCAACAGACUCCCCCUCCACACCCACCAUUGCAUCCUCCUGCAGGCAAGUCAGCACUGGACAGCUUCUCACCCCAUGCCCCAGGUCCAAGCCUGUCUGACCUGCACACCAAAGAACAGCAGUCUUCUUCAAGUAAUUUCUCUUCUUACCCAAUGGUUUCUGGAUUAAAUCCUGCUAUGAAUGUAAGCAGCAUGGACAUGGCUGGAGGUUUGUCAGUAAAGGAUACGUCCCAGUCUCAGUCUCGUCUGCCACAAUGGACCCAUCCCAAUUCCAUGGAUAGCCUGGCAAAUUCUGCUUCUCUUGAUCCUAGCCCUGGCAAGUCAACUGCUCUUCCUGGAGGUCUUGGCAUCGGCCCUCCUUCAAAGUCCAAUAUAGAUGACUCCUACAAUCGGUAUGAUCUUCUCCAAAAUAGUGAAUCACCAACAAGUCCUCCUGUCCCUGUUCCGGACAGCUGGUCACGUGCCAAACCUGAGAACGACAAAAUCUCCAACGGGUCCAGUAUCAACUGGCCUCCUGAAUUUCACCCAGGAGUGCCUUGGAAAGGACUGCAAAACAUUGACCCCGAGAAUGAUCCUGAUGUGACCCCAGGAAGUGUUCCUACUGGGCCCACUAUUAACACCACAAUCCAGGACGUCAACCGUUAUCUGCUCAAAAGUGGAGCUAAACUGUCGGAUAUAAAGUCCAAUUGGUCAUCCAGCCCUAUCUCCCACACUCAAGCAUCUUUGUCUCAUGAGCUGUGGAAAGUACCGAGAAACACUACAGCCCCAACCAGACCGCCGCCUGGGCUAACCAAUGCCAAACACUCCUCUGCCUGGGGCUCAAACCAACUUGGCUGGACCAGCUCCUACUCAACAGGUUCCACCUGGAGCACAGACAGUUCAGGAAGAACAAGUAGCUGGCUGGUCCUGCGUAACCUCACUCCACAGAUCGAUGGCUCCACCUUGAGAACGCUGUGUCUUCAACAUGGUCCGCUGAUAACAUUCCAUCUGAACCUCACUCAAGGCAAUGCAGUGGUCAGAUACAGCUCAAAGGAGGAGGCCGCCAAGGCACAGAAGUCUCUACAUAUGUGUGUCCUUGGCAACACUACUAUUUUGGCGGAAUUCGCAGGCGAAGAAGAAGUGAACCGUUUCUUGGCACAAGGGCAACCUAUGCCCCCCACUUCCAGUUGGCAGUCUAACACUGGGAAUAGUCAGCCCCGGCUAGGGGGCAACGGGGGCUCACACAACUUGGUUCGCAACGAUGCUGCUCACUGGAAUCCUCCUUGUUUGAGUGCCAAGGGAGGCAACGAUCUUCUGUGGGGUGGAGUCCCGCAGUAUUCCAGCAGCUUGUGGGGCCCACCUGGGUCAGAUGAUGCCAGGAUAAUUCGCAGUCCAACACCUCUCAAUACUCUGUUACCGGGAGAUUUGCUGAGUGGGGAAUCAAUGUGAAAGAAAUGUGGACGUCGGUCCUCAAAAUGUAUUCAUCAUCAGCACUAACGGAAAAAAACUCCAAGACAAAUAAUAUCCAAUCUUUCCAGUCCAUGCUCUGUGAGGAAUUCAGCUUCUUCAGGCCCCAUGUCUUCUCUCCAUGCAGUAUCUUUUCCCGGUCAUCCUCCCUACUGCACCCUUGAGAACUGUUCCAAGUAACAGUAUGGGAUUGUGGGAGGGAUGGGGAAAGGAAGGGUUGAGGAGAGAGGGGAAGAGCCACUUAGUAGACGUGUUCAAGCUUUUUUUUUUUUUAUGUUUUUAAAGUGUUCAAAGAAAAAAAAAAAUGAAAAAAAAAUGAUCAACGCUGCUUCUGCUGGGACUAGAACGCAAGGGCACUUUCAUUUGACAGGAAUGAAGAGGGUUAGUUUGGGGGCAAGGGGAAUAGGGGAUGGGAGAAUAAAAAAACAAAAAAAAAGCCUAUUUUGAAAUAAGCCUUGGACUUAUAUGCACAUCAGACGGAGCCCAUCAAAUGGGGAGCAGCAGCAAGCUCUGCGUAUUCGGCAGUUCUGUAUACGCACUUAGGUGGCAUUAGUAUUGAUGCAGAAACAAGGGAAGGAUGGCUCUAGUUUGAUCACCGAAUGGAUCUGCCUAUGCACAUAACCUUUUUUCCAGAGCCUCUGCUCCUGUCAUAGUUCCUUUUUUUUUUUCCUUUUUGGUUUCCAUUUUUUCGAUCUUCUCUUAUUAUCGGAUCCCUCCGAAGCAUCAUAUCAGCUGUUUGAUUUACUUGAAUACAGCAGAUCUACACCUUACAAUGGGAUUCCUUCAGGAAUGUGGCUUGUUUCCAGUCCUGAUUGAUCAAGUGUUUAUGCAAUUGCAGAGAGACGCAUCGGAUUGUAUCCAUAGAGAAGAGGCAGAAAUUGUAUGA